AUAUCUCGAAAGGUUAAUACUUCAACUCCAAAUGGCUUUUAUGUAUAUACCUUUCAACGGCAAAAUGCUGUUUUCAACAAUACCGGCUGGUAUGGUUGCACGAAUUACAACGUCAGCAUUACUUUAAAUUCUUAUAAUGAUCCCAAAGUAAACUGGAUAUAUGUGUAUGUAAAAUCUAAUACACAUUUUUUUGUGGAAACGGACAACGAUAUUACUCUGACCACAGUUGUAGGCAAUGACAUCACUAUACCAUGCAGACCUACAUCACCAGAAUUACAACCAAUCUUGUACAAUGACGACGACAUGAUAAAAAAGCCAUAUAAUCCGAAAACUGGCUUUACAAUGCAGAACCUAACAGUGAAAGAUAGUGGCUGGUACAAAUGUUUGAUAGAAAAAGAUAAUAAAUCGCAAGACAUUCAUUACAUAUUGUCUGUGAAUCGAAAAGAAAUCUUACCUGUUCCAAAAAUCAACGACGAAAGUUUACAUCACAUUACUCGCGGAGAAAAUCUCUAUGUAAAUUGCACAGUUGUAGUAGACACGUCUAUGCGGUACGAGUUUAAUUGGAUCACACCGCAAGAGGAUAGCAAUAGAACAAGCACUAAACAGUUUAGAGAAAAUUAUGAUAAAAAUAUUCUACUUACGUGUCAAUUAACGAUACUUAAUGUAACGGACGAGGAUGCGGCAGGAGAAUACGAAUGCUUCAUUAAGUCAACGUAUGACACAAAAAGAACAACGAGAAAGAUCACAAUAUACGGUUAAUCCUCAAUAAAGAAUAUAAAUCUUACACUUCAAGAUACUAAUAGACAUUACGAAAGAAAUAAAGGCAGUGACGUACAAUGGGUUGUUUAUAUCGAUGCGUACCCAACAGCUUAUCUACAAUGGUUUAACACGAAAGGCAAGGAAAUUACAAAGGAUUCAAAAUAUUCCGUGGAUACAACUUCUCUUCGUACUGUUUUGAAGAUAAGCUCAUUAGACAUAACGGACACGGGAAUUUAUAUGCUUAAAGCUAAAAAUGCACAUACAAUUGAAAAGUUAAAUUUCACGCUGCAUGUCAUGGCUGAACCGUAUCCCGCACUGGAACGUACCGCAUCUUACUAUACACCUAACACUAAUGCGGAAUUUCAUUGCAAAGUGCUAUCAUUUCCGCCCCCAAAUAUAACGUGGAGUUUUUGGAAAUGUCCUAAUUAUCCAUCAUUUGAAAAUUCAACAAUUGUGCAACUGACAGAUGUAACGCCAAGUGUAACUUCCAAUAUCGAAUUUAUUUCGAGAAUAAAAAUGCUUAUCGAGAUGUCGGGAAGAAUAACAUGUAAAGCCUGCAAUGACCGUGGUUGUGACAAUUCAACUGCCUCAAUUCUUGUUUCCGAUGGAGUAGGUGCUUUCGGUAUUAUCAAACCAAAAGAGCCGAUGACAGCAGGUGAUAAUAUAGAAUUAACAUGUGCUGCUUCCAUUUAUAAUUAUACACAUGAUCUUACAUGGACAAACCAGACUCAAGCGCCAUUUGUAAAAACAGAAAGACUAAAUAUUAUACAACAUAAAACUUCAUUCACCUAUCGAUCAACUAUAAAAAUUAAUAAUGUGCAAAAAUCAGAUGCUCAGAAUUAUAUUUGUAAUGGGAAAUCCAGGGAUAUGAUAUCAAACACUUUUUCGGAAAUAAAAUAUAAAUUGGUUGUGCAUGAUCCUUUACGACCAUAUUUUAACAAAACUAAUAUGAAUGAAACCAAAGUGAGACAUAUUGAUUUGAUUGCGGAUGGCCAUAAAACAGUGAAGUUACAAUGUUUUGUUGAUGGGAUGCCUAAACCAACAGUGACUUGGUACAAGGACAAUAUAUUGUUAGAAGAAAAUGACCAAUAUUAUUUUAUGUAUAAUCAUCAAGAGCUUAACAUAAAAUAUUUAAAACAAAAUGAUAGUGGAAAAUAUUCGUGUCAAGCUACUAAUCGACUAGACACCAUCAAAACUUUCCAGGAGAUAACAAUAAAAAAUACAAAAUGGCAGAAACUUGAUAUAGUAUUGGCUGUUUCAAUAGCUGUUUUGGGUAUCGUGUUAGUAAUUUUAACAAUCUUUGUCACAAUCAAGAUUUGUCGUGAAAAGAGAAUGAAGAGAGAACUAAUGGAAGCAGGCCUUACGCAUUUCGUAGAAGGUGCUUUGGAAUGUUUGAAUCCAGAUCUGACAAUUGACGAUCAAGCGGAAUUACUUCCGUACGACAAAAAGUGGGAGUUUCCACGAGAACGACUAAAACUCGGAAAGCAAUUGGGUAGCGGUGCUUUUGGUGUAGUAAUGAAGGCAGAGGCGCAAGGAAUAUGCGAAAAUAAAAGCGUCACUAUUGUCGCCGUGAAAAUGGUGCGUCGAACCACAGAUCCGACUUAUGUUCGCGCCCUUGCGAGUGAAUUGAAAAUAAUGGUACAUCUUGGUAAGCAUCUCAACGUUGUGAACCUUCUUGGUGCUUGCACAAAGAAUAUUUCCAAACGUGAAUUGUUAGUGAUUGUUGAGUAUUGCUGUUUUGGAAAUCUGCAUAAUUAUCUUUUAAAGCAUAGAACCAAUUUUAUUAAUCAAAUUGACCUCAAGACUGGAAAACUCGAUCCUACAAUCGGCAUAGAUAUAUUAACGAGAACUGAGAGCGUCAGCAGUAAUAACAGGAUGAAAUAUGCAGCAUUAUCCUUUUCCCGCAGUCUUAGUAUAAAUUCAAGCACCGAUACUACAGUACAGUAUUGUCCAGAAACUAACCACGAUUCUGAAGAUAUCAGCUUCUCUCCAGACGGAUACAUUCUUAGUGAUAAUUCGUCUCAACCGGGGUGGAAAUCAAAUUAUCGCGGUGACUACAAAGACCAAAAUCUCAAACCCAUUUGCACUCAAGAUUUGUUGUCUUGGGCUUUCCAAGUAGCACGUGGAAUGGAAUAUUUGAGUCAAAGAAAAGUGUUGCACGGUGAUUUAGCGGCAAGAAAUAUUCUGCUUGCUGAAAACAACAUAGUAAAAAUUUGCGAUUUUGGUCUCGCAAAAAGUAUGUACAAAGAUGACAAUUAUAAGAAAAAAGGAGACGGCCCAUUGCCCAUCAAAUGGAUGGCUAUUGAAUCGAUCAGAGAUCGUAUUUUUUCUACGCAAUCUGAUGUAUGGUCUUUCGGGAUUGUACUUUGGGAAUUUUUUACCUUAGCUAAAACACCGUAUCCCGGCAUGGAAGCUGAAAAGCAGUAUCAAAAGCUGGUCGAAGGUUACAGAAUGGAACAACCGGAGUACGCUAUUCGCGAAGUAUAUUGCAUAAUGUGUCAAUGCUGGAAUGCUGAACCCACAUUACGUCCAAAUUUCACGAAUCUUGUUGAAAGCAUUGGCAAUUUGUUGGAAGAAAAUAUAAGAUCGUACUACAUCAGUCUAAACACACCGUACAUGGACAUGAACGCAAUGAUCCUAAAGGAUGGCAAAAACGACUAUUUGACAAUGAUGUCUGCGCCGGAUCAUGCAGCUCUAUCGUCACCGGACCACGAUUACAUGAACACUCCGGAGAGUGCACCAGAUUCGUCAUACUUAUGCAUGAGUCCUAGCUGUCAGACGGAUGAAUCCGGAAUCUUCAGCCCUAGACCACAUCAGAGUCAUUCGCACUUCAACUUUCCAUCACUUCCGUCAGACUCCAAAGAUGCUGUUGAAUUGUCCCCAAUGUUGAAGCGCGAGAAAGAUCCCUACCUGAAGCCGAUCGACGUUCAAGCACAAAGGGCGGAGUUUGCGCAACAGAGACAAACGAUGAAAAACCAAAUAUCUGACACAUCGAUUGAUCGAGAUUCUGAUUAUUGUAAUGCGCCGCGGAAUCUUCUCUAUCUGAAUGAUGCGAAUGUCAACGAACUCGCCGGGCAAGUCAACGCGGACAAGAUGGACGUAAGGAAGACAGAUUAUGCGCCGAACAUCAUCCACACGCAAAACAAUUAUAUAAAUAUGCCGAAACAGAAAAGCGACUUAAUAAAGGAUAUGCCGGAUGGCUUUAGUAACCCUAGUUACGUGAUGAUAAAUAAUUGCGAAAUGGAGCAGAGAGCUUAGUCUGUGUUAUUAUCUGCUUAGUAAUCAUGAAUUCUCGAGACUAUCGAGACUAGUUUGUCUUAAUUCUUAGAGUGCGAAGCAAUGCUUAACUAGCCAUAUCGCAAUAAUCAGCGCUAAACUUUUCUCGCGUCAAUUUUUGUUGUAGAUAUACAUAUAUUCGUUGAUGGGUCGUAUAGCACUCUGAGUGAAUAAAUAAACUUGUAAGCCAUAAUGACGGCUUUUGUUGAGCAUAUAUAUCAGCCCGUAUCAGCACUCUAAGGAUUAAAGACAGGAUUAUGCGAUUUAGUGACUAUCUAUUUGUAAUUUUGCAUCUCACGAUUUUUAUUACUAUUUUUUAUGCUAUAAUUGGUAAUUGUAAUUGCACAUUGUGCAACACUACAAUAUAUAAUUGAAUACUUUGCAAAAUAUUUUUUAUUGGUAAACAAAAGAAAAUAUUCUCUUAUUGAAUAUGCAUUACAGUGUGACCAUGAAAUGUCUACGUAAUAUUAAAAAAACAAUUCUUUUACAAAUAUAAAUUUA